GAGAUGGUAUGGAAUCAAAAAGGUGUAGGGGGAAGUAGUGGCUAAGACUGAGCUAGUCUGGUAGUGACCUCCAUCUAAGCUACUGUACAGACAACGGUCCACGAGAGAGCGGGAAGUGAAGUGGUAGCCAAGGCCUUCUAUAUUUAGCCACCUCCCACGCUGGCCAAACCACAUACCAAUGACAACAGACACUGACACCCACCCAGUCACUCUCCCAUCCCAGCCAGCCAGCGAUCCCCAUCCCCUCCCCCUCUUUCCCACCCACACCCGCAACAUCUUCAGAGCUGGGGAGCGCAAGGACCCGUCUAGGCCGCACUACCCAGUCUGACCUCCUCGCCCCACGCCUUCCUAGCUUCCGUAAGGAUACAGACAUAUCUUGAGACCCCCCUAAAGGGACCUACACACAGCGGCAGCAAUGUCACAGUUCUCUACCAUGACAACCAAUGAGAGGAAGCUGCAAGCAGCAGCCAUCUGUAGGGAGAUACAGGGUCCUGAAGAUGCAGAGAUAGACCUGGGGAAGAAGAUGAGUGUCCCUAAGGAUGUGAUGCUGGAGGAGCUGUCUCUGGCCUCCAACAGAGGCUCCCUCCUCUUCGAAAAGCGCAAGAGGCGCUCCGAGAAAUACACCUUCGAGAACAUCCAGAAUGUAACCAACACACAGAUCAAUAAUGGUGUAACUCUUCAAACAGAGAGUCAAGAAACCAAAGAAAACAGCUUAAGAGUGGAGCAGUCAGCUAAAACGCCCCAGAACAUGCCUGACCUGAGCACAGCCCCUAACCCAGACAACAUCGCACCAGGUUAUGGUGGACCUCUGAAAGAAAUGGAACCAGAGAAGUUCAACAGAACAUGCCUCCCAAAGUCCUACCACUCCCCCUGGGACCAGGCCAUCUACCACCACGACCCCUCCCUGGCUGAUAGCCUCGUCGCCUGCCUGCAAGAGCCCGAGGCCAAGCCAGAAGGACCAGGGUACAAGAGCUUCAACAGGGUGGCUACUCCGUUCAGAGGCUUCGGAGGCAAGUCCACCAGACCAGACCCAUUGUUCAAGGCCCCCGAGGUGGAACACAACACCAUGCCGGAGCUGUACCCCGAGCUCCAGGCGGAGCUGGCAGUGCAGAGGCCCACAUUCAACAGGGUGGCCUGUGGCUGGGCGGGGACCAGCGCCCCACUCAUCCUUCCCACAGUGCCGCUGGUUCCCAUGUUUAUCCCGGAGUCCGAUGACCUUUGAAACUCUGGCGGAUGCUGCGUCUUCCGAGAUGUUUCCUGGUUUGCUACCCACAAGUCCUUUUUGGUGGGUUAGGGUCAGAAUAGGGUCAGAGUGAGGGAAGGAGGUAUUUUGGUUUUCCGCUUAGCUACUUCUUUGUGGCGAAAACACACAUUUCUCUGAUUAACUGGUUGGCCCAUGCCCAAGGUAUUCUGCCCAUCUUCAAACUGCACUUAAAAUAGUCAACCACACUAGCCAGAGUUACUAAAUACAGUAUAGGAGCUGUACAUACAUUGAUGUGUAUGAGUGAAAUUGUAUUUGCCUGAUGACAUUUGAUUAUUGGUAUUAGUUGUUUUUUGAGGUAAAUAAAAUUAUAUAAAGCAUAA